CUCCCUUUGGGAUAUGUGUAUGAGCAUUUCUAGAACAAAAUAUUAUCUUAUUCUUCCUCUUCAUCACUAUCACCUCUGCUUCUGUAACAGCCUCAACAAGUCAAGAGUGCGUCUGGACUGGAACUGCCUCAGAUCAGGAGAUAACACCUAUGCACGGCAGGAACUGGUUGGACUAGUUUAUAAAUUGGAGGAGAGGGCAGGGAAGUUUAACCCUGCCUGAAGGAGAGCUGUGUUUUAUUUUCCUCCCUCUUGCUUGUCCUUUUGCGAUAAAGUCGUGCGCUGCGAGAGAGGGGCUGAACUUCUUUUUUAUUUGGAGAGCUGCUCUUGUUUUGUCCCCUGCCAUGCUUUGCUCUGGGAUAGGUGAGGUGUUUUUUUUUUUUUUUUUUACUUCUUCCAGGGGGGGAGACGGAGAGAGAAAGUGAGAGGGAGGGAGAAAGAAAGAGGGAGUCAAAGUGUAAUUUAUAGUUUCCUGUGAAAAGAGCAGGGCUGCACCCUUUUCCUCCUGCCUGAACUCUGAACCACUAAAUCUGUGUCUGAAGUUUUCUCAGACCUCGGGAGCCAUUGCUGGGGAGGUCAGGGCAGAAAACAGAGGGUUGAAAGACAAGAACAGAGAGAGCAGAGGGAUUAAAGAAGAGAGAGAAAACAACACUGGGAGGGACCUCCAGGUCAGUCCAAGCAGACAGCAAAGGGGAGAAAGGUCAACACGGUGGAGCCUGGGACAACUUUUCUUCACACUUUUGGACAAAACCUGCCUUGAAUUACAAUCCUGGAGCCACUGUCUUUGAGUCUGGAAUCAAUUUUUAGACUCCGAGGGUAGUUUGAAGUCAGGGGACAGGGCGGGUCUGUGUAUGAUCCACUCACAGGACUGCGUGUCUCAGAGAAUAUGGCCAUGGUGAGCGGGGGAUGGGGCAACCCCAACGGGGAGACUAAUGGACUGGGGGAGAAGGCUUACCUGCGGAGGGAGGAAGAGGAAGGCUCGCCCCAGGCCGGGAGCAGCGAUGUGGACGUCGGGGACGAGGACAAGGCCUGUGUGGUGGACUGUGUGGUGUGCGGGGACAAGUCCAGCGGGAAGCACUACGGCGUGUUCACCUGCGAGGGCUGCAAGAGCUUCUUCAAGAGGAGCAUCAGACGAAACCUCAACUACUCGUGCAGAUCAAAUCGAGAAUGCCAAAUCGACCAGCAUCACCGCAACCAGUGCCAAUACUGUCGGCUGAAGAAAUGUUUCCGAGUUGGGAUGCGCAAAGAAGCUGUCCAGCGAGGUCGGAUCCCUCCGUCUCACUCAGGUAUCAGUCCAAACUCCCUGGCAGGGGCAGUCGGGGGUGCGGGGCCAGGUCACAUUGGGGCAGAUUAUUUCAACGGGCAGCCGGUUUCAGAUCUCAUCUCCCAGCUCCUCCGGGCUGAGCCAUACCCGAGCAGCCGUUACGGGGUCCCCUACAGCCAGGCACAGAUGCAGGCAUCUGCAAGCGGAGCGUCUGUCAUGGGUAUUGACAGCAUCUGUGAGCUGGCCGCGCGGCUCCUCUUCAGCACCAUUGAAUGGGCCAGAAACAUCCCAUACUUCCCAGAACUGCCAGUGUCAGAGCAGGUGGCGCUGCUGAGGCUGAGCUGGAGUGAGCUCUUCAUCCUGAAUGCCGCUCAGUCUGCUCUGCCUCUGCACAUGGCUCCUCUGCUGGCUGCAGCUGGGUUUCACUCGUCCCCCAUGUCUGCAGAGCGCGUGGUCUCCUUCAUGGACCAGGUCAGGGUUUUCCAGGACCAGGUGGACAAGCUGAACAGGCUGCAGGUGGACUCAGCCGAGUACAGCUGCCUCAAAGCCAUUGCACUGUUUUCACCUGAUGCAUGUGGUCUGACAGACCCGGCCCAUGUAGAGUCCCUACAGGAGAAGGCCCAGGUUGCCCUGACAGAGUAUGAAAGGUUGCAGUACCCAAACCAGCCUCAGCGAUUCGGCCGCUUACUGCUGCGUCUCCCUGCUCUGCGCGCCGUGCCGGCCAACCUAAUCUCCCAGCUCUUCUUCAUGCGGCUGGUGGGCAAGACACCCAUCGAGACGCUGAUUCGAGACAUGCAGCUAUCAGGGAGCUCCAUCAGCUGGCCCUACGCGCCGGGACAGUAAACCCCAGUGACCCCAGACUGAGACAGACUGAGAUCAGAUGAGGAGGAUACAGAGCUCACAAAGAUUACAUACAAGUGCAAACUGAAUGUUUUGAACACAAACUGGGAUCCGGUUUGUGAGUGUAGAGGUCAGUUUUUUUCCCACGUUAGCCCUGUUAAGUUUGAUGGUAGUCACACCAAAGCUGCUUUCAGGGAAACAAAAAAGUACGUUUGUCUUCAUGUAUAGAUAUGUUUGCCUCACUUGACAGUUUUCUCUGUCCGCCAUCUGAUCUCUCUUUGUCGCAUUCUGGACAAAAAAACAGGGCUUCAAUUAAAAUGCAGACUCUAACAUGAGGCCAUGUGCCGGUACUACCUCUUCCCAUAUCCCCCCUUAUGUGACUCAGUUUGAACCCAGGCAUGAUGUGUUUUCUCUCUGCUUUGUUUUUGAGUCCAAAUGAAUGAAUAGCGGUGCCACUUUUACAGGCGGAGAUUUAUAUCGUCACAACUGGGACAUAUUGUGCAGGUUGUGUAAUUUUGUGAUAUGUGGGAUAAAAUAUCAGACAUUGUUACCAUAUGCGUUUGUGAAGACUGCAAAGUAUCACCUUGUACAGCAUUAAAACAAAGAAGAGGCAUGAGCACUGUGCUGUAUAUUGUACUAUAUAAAGUACAACCAAAAAAUAUAGUGUAUGUUCUAUACUUAAAGGAAUAGUUCAACAUUGUGGGGAUUACACUUAUUUGCUUUCUUGCCCAGGGUUAGAUAAGAAGAUUGAUACCACCCUCAUG